CAGAGUGUGAGGCUUCGAAGCGUCUAACCACUGCCUGGUAUGACAGACCAAUCAGGGAAGAGGUGGGCGUGUCCCACAGUAUGACUACAGAGGGAGUUCGCACCGACGUGCCGCCGCCGCUGCAGCAUGUUGAUGGCACUCGAUGUUCUACCCGUGGAGGAUUUCCCGCGUAAAGUGAUGCCCGGAGGUGACUCCUGCACGUGCAGCGCCAAGUGCCGGAACCGCCGCAGCAGCAGCAGCAGCAGCAGCAGCAGCGUCUUCUUCCUGGGAUUAUUCACGCUGUCACUCUCCCUUCACGCCGUCACCCUGCUCUGCUACUUGGACCUGCGCUCCGAGGUCAGAAGGGAACUAAUCCACCAUAAACGGGACUCCGUGUUGACACUCGUGGGAAGUGACUCGGCCAGCCCGGCGUCUGCGGUCCUCCCGCCCGGACCCCCGCGGCUCGACCCCAGCAGCAGCCGCGCCACGGAUAAUCCCGAGGAUAACUCACUGCAUCAAAACAGAGACUUACUAGCCACAGAAGAUAACAGGGGCAUAACUCAGAGGGCAAAAAGAAGUCCAGGAAAGCAGCUACACACAGAAUCGACAGGAAAGGAAAAAAGAAAAGAGAGGAAAAAAGGGAAAAAACGAGCAAUACCAGGCCCCCCUGGUCCUCCAGGUCCCCAGGGCCCACAAGGCCCACCGGGCAUUCCUGGUAUCCCCGGUAUCCCAGGAAGCAACGCCGUGGGUCCUGCAGGACCGCCCGGCCCCCCUGGGCCACAGGGGCCUCCAGGCGCUCAAGGCCCAGCAGGGGUUCCUGUUAGGACUGAUAGGACAAAAACUAAAGAAUUCCAGCCCGCAGUGGUCCAUUUGCAAGGGCAGGAGACAACCAUCCAAGUGAGAGAAGAUCUUUCUGAAGGCAUCCUCAGGAACUGGAAGACCGUGUCCAUCCAUCACCGUGUGUUUAAAAUGCACUCUCGCUCCGGAGAGCUUGAGGUGCUAAUGGAUGGCGUCUACUUCAUAUAUAGUCAGGUAGAAGUGUACUACCUCAACUUCACAGACAUCGCCAGCUACGAGGUGAUGGUGGAUUCCAACCCCUUCCUCUGCUGCACCUGCAGCAUCGAGACGGGCCAGCGCAAGUUCAACACCUGCUACACAGCUGGGGUGAGCCUGCUGCGUGCUGGCCAGAGGAUCUCCAUCCGUAUAGUCUAUGAGGACACGCUCAUCAGUAUGACCAACCACACCACUUUCCUGGGGAGUGUCAGACUAGGAGAGGCUCCAUCUGCUGGGCAGAAUUGAUAACUACACAAGUCAGCCCUCUAUGCGUCAUGAUUAGAUGGGUGUCUAGAAGGCCUCUGAGAUCCUGCUAGGAUGGCAAUUUGCAGUGAUGAAGUCAAAAACAGUAUCUCUCUACCACAACUCUGUAGUAAGAAGGACAAUACGGACUGUUUUAUGCUUGUGCUUCCACUGAUCAAGUGCUAUUGACCGUGACGAGCUGAAUGUCUGUUUGCUCAUCAAGUAAGUCACUAUGUAAAGUCACCUGCAUCUCUCCCUCAUUAUACCAAGGAAGGAUACUGCACACACAGGUGCUUAAUACAAAAAUUUGAUCGCUGACAAAUAAUAUUUGUGUUGCUUAAAAAAACAAGCAUUUCCAAAUUGUGAUAUUUGACAUUUUUAGAGUUCAUCUAACUAUAUAAAAUAGAUAGCUACUGCUGUGUAGUUUGCCAUAAAAAGGUUUUAGGGCAUUGGUCGGCAACCUGCAGCUCUUCAGCCUUCUUCUUGUGUCCUUUAUAAAACGCCAGACAGAGGGAGUGUGCAUUUUUUUUUAAAAGUUGUAUAACUUUGAGUCCUGACUAGUGAAUGAAUAAGUGUGAGAAAGGCAUGGAAGAGGGAGGGGAAGCCUGUGUUGUGUGCCGUACAACAGAGAUGUUGGCGUCUUGAGUGUGCAACCCUUGCUGUUAGCUUACCAUGAAUACAUCCCAAAAAAGAAACAUCUCAGAAGAAAAUAGAGUUGAAUUCUGCGCGGACAAAUUUACCGUAAAUUCCGAACUAUAAGCCGCUACUUUUUUCCUACGUUUUGGACCCUGCAGCUUCUAAAACAGUCCGGCUAAGUUGUAUUUUCCUUGCUGACGGCCAUAAUGCAAUAUUAUAAAAAACAACAAGAAGCAAACACACUGAUAAGGUGUGUUAUUGUUAUUAUAGUGUCGUUUCAUUUAGUCCUUUCAACCGGAAGUAGAAGUGCCGUUCAGUCUUCUAGCCGUCCAUAGUGUUUUAAGCAAUGUUUGUAAGUUUUACAAUAUAAAUUAAACUGUUUACACUUAUUAAACCGUCCCAUGUGUGAUGACCCUGGGAGUGUUUUCAUACAUACUUGUACAUGCUAUUGUGAUGUAAUGAAGCUAUUGUUGUUAGCUUUAGCUAAUAUGCUAACAUUUGUGUCUGUGUUAGUAUAAUUAACUUACAACGGCAUUUUUUUUGUAUUCUUUCAGUUUCACAAAUUCCUCAGUGAUUCACCAAGACAAUGGAUUUAUUGAGUCUGUUUAGCUGAUUGGAAAGCGAUCUCCCGCAGCUAGUGGGUCCAUGACGAUAACUUCGGUUUUGUUUGAUCAUCCUUUUUACUGCCGUGUUACAGGAACCGUUUGGAAACUAAGAUGUAUAAAUAAAUAUUCAAAAAUCUUUGUGUAAAUGACUUAUUUAGCAACAUAUCUGCGGCUUAUAUACUGGUGCGCUCUAUAGUCCAGAAAAUACGGUAUUUGUCUAUAAAAAAAUGAC